GUGCUGCUUUGGCGAAUGAGUUAUGAUUUAUUUUGCCACGUCAAAUCCAACGCACCAUAUAAAAUGGUUUUAGGAUUAAACCGCCCCAGGGAAAUCUGGCAGUCGGUGUACUCCAUAGUGAGGUUUAUGAACAAUCAACCAGGGACUAAAGAGCAAAGCGAUAAACAACCACCCAAGCUCAUGCACCUUUUCGACCUUACAACAGAGAACAACCCACAGAAAGUUUGUAUAUUCUUUAGACAUACCCAAAAUUAUUGAAUUUCGUACAGUACAGAUGAAAACAUUUGGCCCACCAUGCUGUUUCCAUGCGCUGAAAGAGCCUGCAAGUAACUACUUUCCUUUCUCGUUCCUGUUGCAGUUUGUGCCUCUUCAGGUUCUCAUCAUUUGCCCUAUACUCACAGCAAUAUGCUUGCGUUCACGCUGGGCUUCUUUUUAAUCUGGUUUCUAUGCUGGUGGAUGCGAGAUAAACUUAAAAUAGGAAAUGUCUCGGACAAGUAUGUGUUCAUCACUGGAUGUGAUACUGGAUUUGGAAAUCAUGCUGCAAAAGUAUUUGAUGCAGGUGGAUUUCGAGUGCUUGCUGGCUGCCUGACUGAGGAGGGGGCCCAAGGCUUAAAGAAUGAGACUUCAAGCAGGUUGAAAACAAUCUUGUUGGAUAUUACAAAAUCUGAUAGUAUUGAGAAUGCAACUGAUCUGAUCAAAGUUGAAGUAGGAAACCAGGGUCUGUGGGGAUUAGUAAACAAUGCUGGAAUAGCUGGAAUACUCUGUCCCACAGAUUGGUUACAGAUUGAACAUUUCAGAAGACCUAUUGAAGUUAAUUUAUUGGGACCAAUUGAGAUGACAUUAAAAUUGCUACCUCUGAUUAAGAAAGCCAGAGGAAGAAUAGUGAAUGUAAGCAGUGUGCUCGGUCGAUUAGCUUUGACUGGUGGAGGAUACUUUCCAUCGAAAUUUGGAAUGGAAGCUUUCAACGAUAGUUUAAGGCGUGAUAUGAAGCAUUUUGGAAUAAAAGUCUCAUGUAUCGAGCCUGGGAUAUUUGUAACCAAACUGACGGAUUGCAGCUUACAGCGUCAUGAAAAGCAAGAGCUGUGGGACCACCUAUCACCUGAUCUGAAAAAGCAAUAUGGAGAAAAUUAUUUAAUACAAUCAGACACCAGACAGGAGAAAUUAGUGAAAAGAUGGUCAAGUAAAGACCUUUCCCAAGUGGUGUGGUGUAUGGAACAUGCUCUGACAGCAAAGUACCCUCGAUCCCGGUACAGUGCAGGCAUCGAUGCAAAGCUGCUUUGGAUUCCAAUGACUUACUUGCCGACAUUUGCCUCAGACUAUCUGUUGGCUCAGGAUACAGUAAUAGAUUCAAAUGCUGUGUAAAAAGACCAUUGCUCCAUCUUCUAAAUUAACAUCACUUUAAUGGAAGUAAUAAGACUGACAAGAAGAUAUCAAAAGAAAAAAAAUGAACUUCACACAUGCAACAGCAUUUUUUGGUAGUGAAACAAGUACUGAUUAAGUCUGUCAUUCUGAGGAAGGGUCACCACACCCAAAAAGGUAACUGAUUUUUUUCUUUACAGAUGCUGUCAGACAUGCUGAGUGUAUCCAGCAACUUCUGUUUUUGUUCCGGAUUAAGUCAGUGAUGUCAUAUAAUCAAACUAUAUGCAGACGUGAGUCUGGAGUUUGUUUCAGGAGAAGAUGAAAUAUGUCACGAUAUAGUAUCAGAUUGCUUAGGUUUGUAUUUAUGAUAAUGAUGCCCUAUAUAUGCCUCAAUCAUUUAUUUCAUAAUAUUCAUACUUUAAGUUAAACAUGAAGAGAUUCUAUAACUUUCAUUUCUGGCAUGCUGUCUGUGAGAAUACUUCCAAAAUGAUUGGCAGCUAACCCAGUUUCAUGAAUGCUUGGAGAUCUUGGCUUGGCAAAAGACUACAGCGAUCUCUGGAUCUUUGUGAGCAAAUUUUGUUGCGUAUUAUCGUUAACACUAUUUCAGUGAUGAUUUUUCAAUGAUUUUUAAAGGCAAUCACAUGGUUAUUUUUUUAAAUGACUAAUAUUGCACAACAUUUAAGCCCUGAAUUACGAUUGUAUGGAAUUUAGACAUCUGUAUUUGGUCAUUUGUAUUAUGCUACUGGAAAGGGUGGGGCAAACCUGUCAGUCCUGAAAGGAUUGUGGGAGGCAGUAUUAGGAACAUAAUCCAGUUCCACUAGUAUAAUCUUCCAUUUAAACUUGACAGUGAGUCACUCAUCCAUUCGCACAUUUAAUUAUUUUCCACUUAUAUUUUUCUUAAAAAAUGUAGUUACAUAUAUUGAGUAACAUUUAUUUGCAAGAUGCAAUUUCUUAUCAGGUUUAGAAUGUCAAUGUAUUGUUCUUCAAAAUAAAGCACUGAAAUUUAAAAUUUAGAUCGGUUUAAGUGCACUUAUAGCUGCUAUUUGCUUUUUCUUCUCUAAUUACACCAUUGUCAAUCAAGCUAAGUUCCCUUUAACUAGCUGCUGUGCUUCCCUAUAUAUCAGAUGUAUUUAAUUAACUGUUACACACUUGGAGAAUGCAAAAGAUGUGAAAGACAUGUUUUUACUUUAUUUUCUUAAGAUAUCAAAGAUGAGCUCGGGGUAAAUGAUUGAACAUUGCUGACUAUGCAGAAUUCAGUGACGUUUUUUAAAGAGCAUUUGCGGAUGGUGAAAGAUGUAGCAAAGUGAAAAGUUAACAGAGUAAGUUAUAAUUGGUGGGGCCCAGUCAGGUGAAAACAUUGUUAUCAAGUGAGGAAUGUGGGAAGGUGGGGCGUGGUCAAGUUUAGACAUGACAAAUAACCUUUUGGGAUAUACAGCUGGUGGAGUUUGCAAGCUUAGACUGAUAUGAGGCCAUAAAGAAAUUUACAAAAAGGGGCAGUGAGGUUGGAUGAAUGAAAUCUAGUGCAUCAUAUUUUUUGUAGAUUUUAUCAAGUUAGAGUUUAAAUAGAGAUGGGUCAAGAUCUGUGCCUUUAUUUUAUAAAAUGGUGGUGAGUAUGUCAGGUGAGGUGAGAGUGACUGUCCUUGACAUCAAUACAGCAUUUGGCAGAGUAUGACAUCAAGGAGCCUUAGUAAAACUAAGUCAAUUCCAAUAGAGGGAAAACACUCCAUUGAAUUGGAAAUAUACUCAGCACAAAGGAUGAUGUUGUAGAUGCUGAGGGUCAAUUAUUUCAGUCCUAUGACACCAUUGCAGGAAUUUUGCAGUGUGGUGUCCAAUGCCAAAACAUUUGCGACUGCUUCAUCAAUUAAUUUGCCUCCAUCAUAAGUUCAAAGUGGUGACUUUCACCAAUGAUUGCACAUUUCUCAGCACCAUUCCUAACUCCUAAGACAGAGCACUAGCCCAUGUUCAUAUACAAAAAACCUACACAACACCCAGGCUUGGCUUAAUAAGUGGCAAGUAACAUUCGUGCCGUACAAUUUCCAGGCAAUGACCAUCUCAAAAAAAAGAGAAUUUAACCAAUUCCCCUGGAUUGCAUUACCAACACUUCCACUUCACUUCCAACAAGCCAGGUGCUUUUGUUGACCAGAAGUUGACUGGACUAGCCGUAUAAAUACUGUGGCUACAAAAGCAGGUCAGAGGCUGGAAAACCUGUGGCAAGUAAUUCACUUUCUGACUGAUAAAGCACAUCCACCACCUACAGCACACAAGUCAGGAGUGCGAUGGAAGGCUCCAGCUGCCGUUGGGUGCAGCUCCAAUAACACUCAAUAAGUUUGACUCCAUCCCAACAAAAACAACUUAUUUGAUUGACAACCUAGCCAUCACCUUAUAUGUUCACUCCCUCCGUCACCAACAUAGAGGUGCAGCAACAUGUGCCAUUUGUAAGAUACACCAUCGUAACUCAGCAAGACUCCUUCCAAAUCUGUGAUGUCUAUCAUUUAGAAAGACAAGAGCAGCAGGUGCACGGGAAUAUCAUCACCUGUGAGAUUCCCUCUAGGUUACUCACCACCCAGACUUUGAAAUAUAUUGUCAUUCCUUCAAUGUGCCUGGUCAAAAUCCUGGACAUCCUUCCAGAAAACAUUUUGGGUGUCUCUAAACCCAAAGGACUGCUGUGUUUCAAGAAGAAAGCUCAGAACCACCUUCUCAAGGGCUAUGAGGGAUGGUUAAUAAAUGCUGGCUUAGCCAAUAAUUCCCACAUUAUAUAAAUGAAUAAAAAAAGAGCAGAGUGAGAGAUGAGGAAAGGAUAAGUAAUGAGUGGAGUGUGUGAGAGAGGAAAGUGGAUGUCAUCAUGGUUACUGUAUACUUUAUUGAUAUAAAAACAAAUGCUGGAAAUACUUAUCUGGUGGAAAAAAUGGAGAGAGAAGCAGAGUUAAUUUUUUAGGUUUGUAAUCUUCCUUUAGAACUAACGUUCUUGGCAGUGGGUUAGAAGAUGGGAUUAAAAAUUCAGUGCAGCUCGAACAAGAGAUCAAAAAGGUGCCAAUGAUAAAUAGAUUCAGUUGCUUUCCUACAUGUUCCACUGGUAUGAGGCUACAGUGAUCUUAAAUGCUGGGCUUUAGCUUAGGUUUUUUCUCAGAAUGGGUGGAAGAAAAGCAAGAGAUGGUUGUCAGUGAAAAAUCAAUCCAGGCUUGGUCACCUAGUGCUUAUUUUUGAAUUAGUAAUUGUUAUUCACCUGUAGGUGAGCACUGCAGUCAGAUUGUUCCCUUGUGGUUCCAUGACCAGAGAAGAGAUGAAAGGCCAGUGAAUCUAUUUCUCACGGUUAUGAUUAGUACACUUGAUGAUCUUUCCUGAUACUUCAUGGCCUGGGAUCUUUUAUAUCCAUCUGACAAGAACUCUUUAACAGAUGGUCCAAAAGGCAGCGCCCCCGUCACUGCAGCAAUCCUUCAUUCCAACACUGAAAUGAUGAUAUGGUUAAGUCCUGGAAUGGGUUUGAAUUCACAAGCUUCAGAUUCACAGGAAAGAGCUAUACAAUUGAGCCAAAUGUGGCAGUAACACCACUCUUUUCUUAAAUAUAUCAAAAGAAAAAAUUCAAAGUUGGCAUAUGAGCACAACAUCAAUAGCAACAUAUAGUACUGUAGGAUUAUGAGUAAAGUUCCAGGGAUUCUAGGUGAAAAUUUGUAUAACAAUGAUUUUUACUCAUUUCGUUAUAACUUUUAUAAUGCUUAUUUAUCCUUGAAUACGGUUUCAACUUUAGCAAGUGUAUCAAAUGAUUGUAAAGAAUGUGCUUUGAACAUGAUGGCCUGUCGUGCAAUAGAAACUGAUCUAUGGUGAUGAUGUGUGGAAUUGGAAAAUUAAGCCUCAAGAUGCAUGUGCAACAUACAAAACUGCAAAUCUGUGAUAUUUACUUUCUAUCUUUAGAAUUAGAUCUUCCCCCCCUUCCCUUUUCUUACAGUAGCCCCCAGAAUAAAUAUCUGAGACACAAAGCACAAGUAAAUCAAAGGAUUUCAAACUUCAUAAAACCAUUUAAAAAAGUGAACCAACUGCAGAUAGCGGAGAUUGAGAAGGGAUGACUGCCUGAUGAUGUUUGUCUCAGUGAAAGUGGCUGAGGCCGUGAUAAAAACAUGAACUCUGAAGAGUGAUAAGUACUAUACAUACACCUCAACACUUUGAAGGAUCAGAUUUAUGUAUGUGUGCACUUCAUUGUCAAACACUGUUGGAGUUGAAUGUUUGUUUUGUCCUGAUUUACAGCACUUAAAACAUUUCCUGAAUGUUGUACUGGAUGAAUGCAAUAUAAAAUAAAAAUGAUGUCAAAAAUAA